AUGCGUUCCGAACCUGUACGAUUUACUCGCUCUAUUCCUCGUCUGGCUCAAGUCGACCGACGAGCCCGUGGACAACAACACCGAGCUGGGCAACAUACCGUCGAUAUCUACUCUGGCCGAUCGCUUCACAAAGACAGACGUAAAUCAAGCUACUACAACGGUAGCCAGCUCGGCUCAGAACACGGAGACAUCGUGGCUGGGGAGUACGCUUACUUCUGGCGACGUGAUACCGACGCAGUACUUACAGCAACUACCGAAGCACUGGCCGUAUACAAGCUACGGCGCGGCGAGAAAGGCAGGCCAGACUACCUCGUUCCCGUUGACAGACCCCAAUUCGACAAGUCAAACGGUGGCAUGGCUAUUCCAUGA